AAAAAAAUAUGACGUUCUUUGAUUUGCUUUGGGAUGGAAAGGGUAUGACAUAUGAUCAUUCAUUUGCUAUGGAAAUAGCAAAAGUACUUAAAUUAUCUAUAUUUAGGUAGUUGUGCUUUUUUCAUUGGGAAUUUUUGUAGUUAAUGUGAUAUUAAGUGUUAUAGUUCAUUUUUUACUAAAACCGAAAAAGGAAAAAGAAGUUGGAUAAAUAAAUAUUACAGAUUCAUUUUUUGAUGUUAAAAAAUAAUGUAAGAUUAUAUAUAAUUGAAUUUAAGAAAAACCAAUUUCAGCAAUUAUAGUGGAAUCAAUCAAUAUUGUUUUAUUUUGGUUUAUAAUAGUACCAUUAGCUAUGGCUUUGGUAGCUUAUUCAGUUUUUAAUCUGAUUCAUUCUUGGUUAUGUGGAUUUUUAAUAUUUUUAUUAGGAAUGUUUGGGAUUUUUAUAUAAACUUGGAGAACUUCUCAAUUUUGGAAAAGUAUAUAAUUAAAAAUUUUAAAUAUUAGAUAAAUAAUUUAAAAAGAGAUUUAGAAAUGCAGCUCUUUAUUUUAAGUAUGUUUUAGCAUUUGAAUUAAUUACAGUAUUAUUUUUCUCAAUCUUUCUUCCAUUAGCUUUUUAAAAAGGAUGUCUAUGUGUUUAUAAUAAAGCAUAUGGAAUAGAAACAUUGUUAGAUUUAUAAUUCUCAACAGAAUGGACAAGAUCUAAUUGGUUACCAGAUCAAGUAUGUCCUAAGGGAAUUUUAUGUCAUAUAUAUGCUACAUUAUCAGAAGAUACAUCAAAAGAAGUAUUUAUCAAUGUACAUGCUGGAAGUGAUAUUAAAGAAUUGAAUGCAGAAGUUAAGUUUAAAGAUGAUAAAAUAAAUUAAAAAUGUGAUAAAAUACCUUUUCCUUCUUCUAUUGAGGAUAGAGGAUAACGAAAUGUGUUCACAUGUUUUUUAACAGGACUUAAAUCUUAUACCCUUUAUGAAAUAGAUUUAAUCUCUUAGGAUAAAGUUUUAAACUCGACAAAGUAUAGAACAAUUGCAGAAUAAUAUUCAGAUGAUGAUUUAGUUAUUUUAUUUGGAGGAGAUUGGGGUUAUUAAACAAAUGGAUUAAAAAUAGUAGAAUAAAUUAGUAAAGUUAAUCCAGAUGCAAUAUUGAUAGGUGGAGAUAUUGCUUAUGAUAAUGGUAAUAUACAUUGUUAUUAUUCAUUUGAUUUAUUACUAACAGCAUUUGAGUCUCAAUAUUAACAUGUUUCUAGAUUGAUUCCAUUUAUCUUUUCAGUUGGAAAUCAUGAUGUGGGAUUUAAUGAUUAUGCAAAAUAUAAUAUAACAGUAUCUGAUGAAAUGGGACCUCUUUAUUUUACAUAUUUUCCUUAAAGAAAAUCUAUUAAUAAUACUAUUCUACCGAUCAAACAUAGAGUUACAUAUAAUAUUUAAAAAAUGCAAAAUAUUUUAUUAUUUGGUUUAGAUUCUGGCUAUUUAUAUCCUCAUAAUGAAACAUAAUUAGAAUGGAUGCUUUCAAUUUUAGAUGAUCAAUCCUAUUCUACAUUGAGUAAGUUUGCUCAUUAUCAUGUUCCAAUUUAUCCUACUUGUUAUUAGAAUAAUUCUUUUAUGAAUUCUUGGAAUAAUUUACUAUAAGCAAGGAAUUAUUGGGUUCCUUUAUUUGAUAAGUAUGAAUUUGUGGGAGCUUUUGAAAAUCAUGUUCAUUAAUAUAAAAGAACUUAUCCUUUAAAAAACAACUCAAAAUCUGAAAAGGGAACUGUAUAUUUUGGUGAUGGUUCUAUGGGAAUAAGAAGUGUUAAUUGCAUUGAUGAAGCUAAAACUUAUUUACCUGGAAAACCAUUUGAAAAUAUCUUUGAAACAGUAAUCACAAAUAAUAGUGAUCAUUUUUGGGUGUUAAGAUCAUUUGGUAAAAAUAACACAAUAGAAUUUAAUGCUUUUUAACCAGAUUACACAUUUAUAUAAAAUAGUACAUAUGUUGUUAAUAAAAAAGAAAAAAGAUAUAAAUUAGAUUUGUGA